AACAGUGAAAUUAAACAAUUUAUUGCUUAGAGUAGUAAAUAUUUUACGCUUUGAAGGACACUCCCAGGUCAUACAUACUCAUGAGGCUUCGAGAAACUCUUGGAUGAGGAAAAAGGUCGCCUCUGGCUAUAAAAAAAAGAACUGAGCAGGAGAAGAAAAUAACGUGAAGAAAACGUCGGGAGCAGGAAUCGGGUCUAGCUGGUUAUAAAGGCGAUCUGUGCGCAUUUACCACGGCUCGGGCAGGAAAGCGGCUGGUUUAGAUUAUUAGUAGUUGGGGUUACUUUCGAGUUACUUUCGAGUAGUGAAGCUGCCGAAGGCGGGUGCGGAAGGGAGCGACGGGGCGCUUUGCGGAACAGUGCGGCUCCCGACGUCGACUUUGGGGAUUCAGACUCCGCUCUUGGACCUUAAGAGCCGCCAAUGCGAAACGCGCUCCGCGAAUCCUGAAACACCAACUGCUGACAAAGGAACUAUACGGGCCCUGUGAUUUUAAAACCAUGUAAUGUUCUUUUAUAUGUUUGCAAGGAGCGUGUUUUGUUUUUCCUGUUUUGAAUGUAGGCCUAUUAUUAAUACUUAGAUACAAAAAUAUGAAAAAUUAGGGUGUUUGGACCGAAAUCUGAAAUCCGGGAAACUGAUAACAGACUGAAAACUGAUUAGAUAACAGCAUUGUGGCCUGCUCUUUCUCUUCGUCUUAUACACAAAAGAUUUUUGUAUAUUUUUGUGGGUUUUUUCCGUGCUGCAAGUCUGCUUAUUAACCGUCGUUUUCGACCUGUUUAAUUUGCAAAAGGACAGAGGAUAUCCGGGUGUAAAUCAAGGUCAUAAAACUACCAACCAGGUAGUCAUGUCGACAGAAGAAGAAAGGUUCAAACUUGUUGUGGUGGGUGGAGGCGGAGUGGGCAAAAGUGCUUUAACGAUCCAGUUCAUACAGUCCUACUUUGUGUCAGAUUAUGAUCCCACCAUCGAAGAUUCCUACACAAAGAUCUGUAACGUGGAUGGGAAGCAGACCAGGCUAGACAUCCUGGACACGGCGGGGCAGGAGGAAUUUGGUGCCAUGCGGGAACAGUACAUGCGCUCUGGGGAGGGAUUUCUGCUUGUGUUCGCUCUCAAUGACAGAGGGAGUUAUAACGAGAUCCACAAGUUCCACACGCAGAUCUUGAGGGUGAAAGACCGCGACGACUUCCCCAUGGUCCUGGUCGGGAACAAAGCAGAUCUGGAGGCCCAGAGAACGAUCCCUAAAGAAGAAGCCCAGGCCUUUGCGAGAGAGAACAGGAUCCAUUACAUGGAGUCCUCAGCCAAGAGUCGCCUCAAUGUGGAUGAAGCUUUCUUCGAGGUCAUUCGAGCGAUAAGAAAGUUCCAGGAGACUGAAAAUCCACCCCUUCCCUCCCACAACCCCGACAAACAGCGACCUGCAAGCUGCCCCUGUACCCUGCUUUAACUGUCCGGCACCCAUACCUUCUGCUGAUCACCACAGCCACUCCUGCCUUGGUGACUGACACCCCCCCCCCCUGCACCCAGGGUCUUGUACGGCCGUAAAUGGGAGAAGAUCUGAAGAAUGGACAGAUUUUGGUGGAGGAGAGAGAGGGAGAGGGCGUGUUCCAGCAGAAGAGGAUCGGGGGGAGGAGCUGGAUUGUGAAUCAUUCCAACUUAUUGCUGUUUGUUUUUUUUUUUUUAAUCUUACAUAUUUUUUACAAUGUUCUGUGUUUAUAUCUCAAUCUGUACAAAGUUUAAAGUAGGUGGGGAUUGGGGGCUGGUGCCUGGGGGCUGGGCCAGGUUGGGGGUGGGGGAGAUGGUGAGAACCCAGUAACACUAUGAAACUGGGCAGCACUACACAGGUGGGAGGUGCUCAGGGCUACCUGGACACGGACAGUGCCUUCUUCACACGACUUAACGUGUAUCAUCAAGCAGAAGUGUGCCACACUAAAGCUGCACGCGUGUGCUCUACAUGUGCUGACAUGCAGGGUCUACAGAGCCCUGGCACCCGCAGACUAACCAGUGUGCCAAGCAGGGGCUCGUGCUCCAUAAGGGUGUGCGAGUGUGUGACUGUCUAUGGAAAUGCAUCGCUGUGUGUCACAGUGGGCCGUGGAUGGCCACAAGCUGAUAUUAUAUUACAUAUUACAAUUUUGUACCAAAAACAAUGUCUGAUUAAAAUGGUCAGUACUGCGA